GGUCCCUCCCACCCAGGGGAGUUGGAGAAGCGUCGUCCGCACGCCAUUUGGCGGAUUGACCAUAGACUUCUCUGCCUAGAGCAAGCACUUUGACAACCGGAAGUGGUCAGCCGCUCACCACUUUUGCUUAUCUAACUCUUUUUAGCGCGCGAGCCUGGUCCCUCCCACCCAGGGGAGUUGGAGAAGCGUCGUCCGCACGCCAUUUGGCGGAUUGACCAUAGACUUCUCUGCCUAGAGCAAGCACUUUGACAACCGGAAGUGGUCAGCCGCUCACCACUUUUGCUUAUCUAACUCUUUUUAGCGCGCGAGCCUGGUCCCUCCCACCCAGGGGAGUUGGAGGAGCGUCGUCCGCGCGCCAUUUGGCGGAUUGACCAUAGACUUCUCUGCCUAGAGCGGGCACUUUGGCAACCGGAAGUGGUCAGCCGCUCACCACUUUUGCUUAUCUAACUCUUUUUAGCGCGCGAGCCUGGUCCCUCCCACCCAGGGGAGUUGGAGGAGCGUCGUCCGCGCGCCAUUUGGCGGAUUGACCAUAGACUUCUCUGCCUAGAGCGGGUACCAGUGCAGCCCACUUUGGCGGCGAAGGAAGAGCCUCUGUUUUCCGUCUCCGUCAAGAUGGCGCAGCAAGUCAACAUCUCGGAGCUGUCCUUGCCACAGCUGGAGGUGCUGAAGAGCCAACUGGACCAGGAAGUGGAGUUCCUUUCUUCCUCAAUUGCACAACUAAAGGUGGUACAGACAAAAUACGUGGAAGCAAAGGACUGUUUGGCUGUACUGAAUAAAAGCAAUGAAGGAAAAGAGCUGCUGGUCCCACUCUCCAGUUCUAUGUAUGUUCCUGGAAAGCUCUCUGACGUUAACCAGGUGCUUAUAGAUGUGGGGACUGGUUACUACGUAGAAAAGCCUGUGGAAGACGCCAGAGACUUCUACAAGAGGAAGAUCGAUUUCCUGACCAAACAGAUGGAGAAAAUCCAACCAGCGCUGCAGGAGAAACAUGCCAUGAAGCAAGCUGUGGUGGAGAUGAUGAGCCAGAAGAUUCAGCAGCUCACAGCAGUGGGGGCUUCCCAAACAACCGCAGCAAAGGCCUAGCAAGCACCAAGCCUCUCACGUGCCCCUGGGCACUUUAAUAUUGACCAUUUUGUGACAUAAGCCCCAGGGAGCAGCACUCCAGUUUACCGCUGCAGAGGAAAGGGGGAAGUUCUUUGCUUGAACGCAAGUGGAAUUCUAGUAUUUAAAGGUUUUCUGGGGUAACAUCUCCGAGUUCCUGUCUGCUCCAUUAAGUGGACUUUUGGGUAGCCCCUUUGGUGGGUUUUGUAUUUCUGGCUGCAAUGUGGGGUUGUUCUUAAUUUUAAUACCCCACGAAACUUGUCACUUGAAAAUGGAAUUGUACAAAAUAAACAGGUGGGGAUGACAGACUGA